UCAGUCCCCAAAGGCAUCUGAAAUUAACGGUAAACUCCACAAAGGCACAGACCGAGGGUGAUCGCGUCGUGUUGAAGAGCUGAACCUUCGAUGGAAGAACAAGACCAAACACAGAGCUCCGUAGAAGUAGAAGCAGAAGCAGUAGAACAAGAACAAGAACAACAACGAAAACGAUUGGAGGAAGAUAACGUAGUGCAAUUUCUAGAUUCGUUGGAUGGCUAUGUAACCCUAUUAGAUUCGUUGUCUUCAACAAUUCGCCAGGGAUGGAUGGAGUUGGCCAGUGCUCGACAUUCUAUGGGUGCGUCACGAAUCAAUGGUGCUUUUUUGGACAUGAAAUUUCACUCUGCAGCUACAACGGUGCAAGUAACUGAGCAUGACGAGCAACCGCAUUUUGCAUUGUGCAAAUGGGCAUCCUCCAAGAAUGGAAAAUGCUGUUCUGGAGAAGAAGAAUUUGGGGAGGACAAGUUGCAGAUGAUAUCUGAUGGUCCCCAGCUAAGACACCGUUCCCAGUUUUCUGAUAACCAGAAAAUGUCUUUUGUAUUGCUCAGCUACUUCUGCCAUGACAACUCUGAAUUGAGCGUAUGCUGUUUUAACUUCUGGCUUUUCUAUAUGUGUAAAGGAACUUUGGGGAAAACUCCAGCAAAAAAUGGUACUCCUCUUAUAGUUGACGAUCAAGUUCAAAAGGAGCGAUCUAAAUCACUAUCAAUGUUUGGGACUUUGGUUUCCCCAAAGCUUCGAGCUGCCCAGCUUUCAUUUGAGACAGCUCUUGAAACACUCGUAGAAAUCGCAAACAUGCGUUCAACAAUGCUAUCUACUUAUGAUCAAGUCCGGAAAGACUUGGAAGGCACAAAGGGAUGACAAGAACAGGUAUAUACAAAGAUGGUGCCUACGUGCAUUUUUUUAUGGUGUUUAUGGAAGAAAAAGAAUGACAGAAGUUUUUGAGGAUCGAAAAAAGUCGAUGGAUGAGAUUUUAUCUUUAUUCUUUAGAACAUUAUAUGUGUGGACAGUUGCUUAUGUAACUCUUUUGUCAAUUAGUUAUAGCGUUUUCCUUAAUC